AUGUCCAACACUACGGAUGCGUCGGGACCACUCACCCAAGAACAGGUCGAUACACUAAGAUCGGGAUGUCAGAGCUUGAUAGAAGGAAUCGACACUUCCUACGGGUAUGUCCCCACUUUGGGGGCUGGAAUCGCCUUCUGCGUUCUCUUUGGUCUGAGUCUUUUUGGCCAUUUUAUCCAGUUCGUUAGGAAACGCCAAUGGACAUCAUUUGCUUUUGGAGUCGGAGCUCUGACUGAAGUAAUUGGUUGGGCUGGUCGAACAUGGUCAAGCGAAUGUCCAUACAACAACAACGCGUUCUUGAUGCAGAUUACGACUCUCAUCAUCGCCCCGACAUUUAUUACAGCAGGACUCUACAUUAUACUCGGUGCCUUCAUCAAUCGACUUGGUCGUGAAUCUUCUAUCCUUGGACCUAGGAUGUAUGCAAUCGUCUUUCUGACAUGCGAUAUCAUCGCUCUCAUCGUACAAGCUGUCGGAGGAGCCAUGGCCUCUACGGAGUCGGACAAGAUUGACGGUGAUACAAAGCCAGGAACAAACAUCAUGGUCGCUGGCAUUGUCUUCCAGAUGGCAGCCAUGGUGGUUUUCGCCGUCUUAGUCAUUGACUUUCUGAGAAGAGUCUUUGUCAAAAAGUGCUACUUGCAGUCGAGGAAGCAAGGCCUAUCUGAUGGCAACGCUUUGCCAAAGGCUUAUACUUGGCUCUUGGCUGCCGUCUUUAUUUCCUUGACCAUGAUUUUCAUCCGAAGCAUCUACCGAACCGUUGAGCUUCUGCAGGGCUGGAGUGGUUACCUGAUUACUCAUGAAGGAUACUUCAUCGGUUUAGAUGGUGCCAUUAUGGUUGUGGCUAUUGCGGUCUUUAAUUUUCUCGAUCCAGUUUAUCUGCUAUGGGGUCAGGACGAUAAAUUGGCGUCGUCGCUUGAGCAGAACGAGCUAAGGGGGAUGGGAGAUGCUAGUACAGAGCGCUGGGAUGAGUCUACUGUUAUGUCUGACUAG